AUGGACAAGAGGCUGGGGAAGCUCAAGCCGUUCCCCAAGGAGGCCAUCACCAACAGAAUCAGGCUGCAGUUCAUCGGCUUGGCCUUGUCGGUGUCCAACUGCUACGAGAGGCCCCCGGUCUCGCUCGAGAUCGCCCUGGAGACGGAGUUCAAGAAGAGCGUCAACCACAUCACGGCGGGGAUGAUCAUCGAUCCAUCAUCUUCACCAUCAGAGUGCAGGUCAGCAACGGCCCUGAUGGCGACCAGGGCCGGGGUGUCGAUGGAGAGGCUGGUCGGGGCCUUCGCCGCGAGGUCGUCCAGGUUGGUGUGCGAGCCGGAGCACGGGAUGGGGUUCAUAGUGGGGAUCAGGGUCAUCAAGUUCGAGCUGAGCCACGCCGGGCGCGACUACGUGGCCAGGAACUGGGGCAAGGAGAUUGUCGACUUGGAGAGCCUCAAGGCGGUGGUUCAGGAGUGGCUGCUACGAUGUGGAGGACGCACUCGACAGAGGAUCAGGAUCAUCAACAAGACCAUCGUCACCACCAUCACCAUGGCCAGCAGCGACAAGAAGACCUCCACCAAGGGGAAGACCAGCACCACGAGCGAGGUCCAGGACCAGCCCGUGGACACCACCGUCAACAAGGAGAUCAGCGCCACCCCGGAGGAGACCGAGGACAAGGGCGAGACCACCACCGGCCAGCCGACCAUCGGCGGGGACCAGACCACCGGCGAGGAGACGGGCAAGAAGGCCAGGAGGGAGGCCAUGAGAAAGAGGGCCGAGGCCUCGAGGGAGAAGGCGCUCACGGAGGCGAUGAACAAGGUGGAGCUGUUCGACUCCACCAAGGCGUCCGAGUGGAAGACCACGGGCACGCACACGCUCGGGGCCAUGAAGACCGAGACCAACUCGCUGAUGAUCACCGGGAGGAACAUCGGCGCGGAGCAGAGGGAGCCCGACUGGACCAGGGAGCAGCUGGACGCCAUCGCCAGCGCGAAGAUGGUGAUCCUCCCGGUGCAGCCGGUGAACAACACCAGACGCAGCGUCAUGGACCCGGACAUGAAGUUCGUCGGGCGCGACGAGAGCGGGACCAUCGUCCCCACCGAGAACGCCUACCUCUCGAGCCUGGACCCGACCAGGUACUGCAUCGGCAUCGGACCGGAGAAGUACGACACCACCGGCUCCCCGCGCUACUACGCGGACGUGGUCGUGGCCGACAUGAGCGGCGAGUGGUUGGUCAACCAGUGGACCUCGGAGGGGAUCAUCGUCGAGGGGGUGGCCCAGAACGUGAUGAUGCAGAAGAGCAGGGUCGGCAACACCAGCGGCAGGAGGAUUGGGUUCCACUUCGCCAGGAUCGGCUUGCCCGCCUACGCCUUCGGGCCUCUGUUCAACACCCUGGGGAAGAAGUUCGACGGGUGCCUGUCCCAGGUCACGGCCACGACCGGGUACUACUGGAUGAACGCCUCCUGGGGCGUCUCGUCGUUCAGCGCCACCUUCUCCUACAUGAACGACGACGGGCGCAUCCAGAGCACCAACGCCCUGAACGACGUCAUGAUGAUGUUGAACGGCAAGUCGGCCAUGUGCCUGGGGACCAUCGCGGUCUCGGUCACCUGCAACGCCAAGAUGAUCGACGGGAAGCCGACCCCGGACAAGUCGUCGUACGGCCUCAGCAUCAAGAUCCACAACGCCUUCAGCGUCGCCGUCGUGGACUACCACGGCCCGCCGCAGCAGGGCGCGACCGGCAUGAUGAUCCCGGCCAGGAUAGCCCAGAAGGCCCAGGCGAUGGCCAAGAGGGGGACGGUGUCGGCGGGCGGCGGGAUGAACAACAUCUUCUCCACCCAGGGCGAAUGGGCUUCCCGGGUCGAGCUUGUCUGUAACCCCUGA